UGCACAUAACAUAAGCACAGCGCGUGAUAAUCUUCAUGUUCCUUCUAUUUAAAACUAUUUUAAUUUUAUUAUUCAUUCAAUCAAUCGGAAAUAGUUGUUCACCUUGACAUUUGUUGUCCUUGCUGGAAUUGAUAUUGAUUUUAUGUCAGCGUGUCUAGUCUUCUGUGCAGGAAAGUUUCUCAUAUGAACAUAAGGAAAUGGCGAAACCUAAAGUGUUUGUGACUCGCAGGGUUCCUCAAGAAGGAAUUGAUAUAUUAAAAGAAACAUGUGACGUUGACGUUUGGGAUAGUGAUGACGUAGUGCCGCGUGAGACGUUACUUGAACGCGUUAAAGGCGUUAACGGCUUGUUUUGUACAAUCAAUGACAAAAUUAACGAAGAGGUAUUGAAUGCUGCAGGGACGAGUCUAAAAGUUGUCGGAACCAUGUCGGUAGGCAAUGACCACGUCGAUGUUUUGGAGUGCAAACGUCGUCAGGUGUUUGUUGCGACAACCCCGGAUGUCGCCUCCGACAGCGCUGCCGAACUGAGUGUUGCUUUGUUGCUAAUGACAACACGGCGAUUAGCAGAAGGUUUAUUUGCCAUCAAAUCUGGAGAGUCGGGUCCAUGGAAACCAUUGUGGUGUCUAGGUACUGUAUCCUUGGGGAAAACACUCGGAAUUUUCGGAUUUGGCCGUGUUGGAUUCGGAAUUGCCAGACGAAUGAAACCAUUCGGAGUAUCUCGGAUCAUAUACACUGACGUCAUGGAAGCCACUUACGCUUCUGGGGUCGCGGAAAGAGUUCCUUUCGACGAACUCUUACGAGAGUCAGAUAUUUUGUGCAUAUGCUGUGCUGUUACUUCACAAACGAUUGGAAUAUUCAAUAAAAGCGCAUUCGAGAAAAUGAAACAGAGUGCUGUUCUUAUAAAUACCUCGCGUGGUUCUGUCGUGAACCAGACUGACUUGUAUGACGCACUUUCCAGCAAUCUGAUUGGUGCAGCCGGUCUUGACGUCACGGAACCGGAACCACUUCCUGUAGAUCAUCCGUUAAUGACGCUGAAGAAUUGCGUCAUUUUACCACAUAUGGGAACUAACACGGAGGAGGCUCGAAGAGCAAUGAGCAUAAAUACCGCAAAAAAUAUCGCCGCCAUGUUGGAAUAGCCAAAAUGUUACUUUUUAUAUAUACUGCACAUCGCACAUGAUGUGUGAUUUAAGUUAAUUCUGUCAAUUUAAUUACGCAAUGAGACAUUAUUCAAAAAGGGAAAUGCAUGUGUAUGGUAAUAUUAUUUAUUUUCUGAAUAUGCAAUAAUUGCAAAAUACUAUUACAGAUGGGAAUAAAAAUAAUUUUAGAUCCGCCCAGGAAGACUUGUCAGGAUAUUUUUUCCCUCAACCACCACGAGCCAGAGAGUUAACUUGCUUUCUUUGUAACAUGCUAUAAACAAAUAUUUUAUGAUAAUGAAUUAUUAUUUUUAUUUGCUUCAAUUAUAUAUAUGAAUAUUUACAAUAUAUAAUUAAAAUACGUGUAUUAGAUCUAGUUGAAAAAAUAUAUUGGGAAUAAAUAUUUGAUAAAAUUUA